GUCAUCACAUCACAUUGCAUAACUAUUGUUUGCGAUUUUAAGCUUUACAAGUACGUAUGAGUCACGAAAAGGUAAGUGUAAUAAUUUCUUUAUGUAACAAGACCAAGUUUUUCUUAAUCAUUGCAAUAAUAAGAUUGGGCUCUAGGCGCCGCUGUUCACCAAUCAGGGAAUGGGAGGCAGAGAGACACUGAGUUCCCCUCCCCGACCUCUACCACACAAAGCAGAAUGAGAUGGACACUCACCGAUCCUGAUGCUGGAAACUUAAAAGCGCUGUCUUCGGCUUUCUAAUAUAUUUUGGAUGCGGAAGGCCUGGGAAACAAACUGGCUCAAGACACUACGGAUUAUUUGCUCAGACCCUGCCAUGGAAAAUCCGCAACUGCGUAAGGAUCGCAGCGGGCUGCUCCUGCUGUGCUUUAUCCUGGGGACGCUGUGGGGUUUGGGGGACGGGCAGAUCCGAUACUCUGUGCCGGAAGAGACCGACAGAGGUUUCUUUGUGGGCAACAUCUCCAAGGACCUGGGGCUAGAGCCUCAGGAGCUGGCGGAGCGUGGAGUCCGCAUCGUCUCCGGAGAAAAGACGCAGCUUUUCGCUCUGAACCCGCGAGGCGGCAGCUUGGUCACCGCGGGCAGGGUAGACCGGGAGGAGCUCUGUGAGACGGUAUCCUCCUGCUUUUUAAGUAUGGAGAUUCUCGUGGAGGACACCUUGAAGAUUUAUGGCGUGGAGGUGGAAAUAAUUGAUAUUAAUGAUAACGCCCCUACCUUCCGGGAAGAGGAAGUAGAGAUAAAAGUCAGUGAGCACGCAACUCCUGGAUCGCGAUUUCCUCUUCCUAACGCUAGGGAUCCGGAUGUGGGGGCGAACUCUCUCCAGAGCUACCAGCUCAGCCCUAAUAGUUACUUUUCUUUGCAAGUGCGAGGGGGAGCUGAUGGGGUCAAGAAUCCGGAGCUGGUGCUGGAGGGAGGCCUGGACCGGGAGAAAGCAGCAGCUCACCACCUCCUCCUCACAGCGGCAGAUGGAGGCGAUCCCAUCCGCAAGGGCACCAUUCCCAUUCGCGCGGUGGUCCUCGAUGUAAAUGACCACAUCCCAAAGUUUACACAGCCUGUGUAUCAGGUGAGUGUUCCCGAAAACCUCAGCUCAGGAACUCGGGUGCUCGUGGUAAACGCAACAGAUCCAGACGAAGGGACAAACGGGGAAGUGAUGUAUUCAUUCCGAAAUAUGGAAAGCAAAGCUUCUGAAAUAUUCCAGAUGAACUCGAAAACUGGAGAAGUUCUAGUACAAGGACCUCUUGAUUUUGAAAAAUACAAAUUCUAUGAGAUGGAAAUUCAAGGCCAAGAUGGUGGAGGGCUUUUAACCACUGCUAAGAUGUUGAUCACAGUUGUAGAUGUGAAUGAUAAUGCCCCAGAAAUUACUAUUACCUCUUCUGUUAAUUCAUUGCUGGAAAAUUCUCCUCCAGGUUCAGUAAUUGCUCUUCUAAAUGUGCGAGAUCGAGAUUCUGGAGAAAAUGGUCAGGUCUCCUGUUUCAUUCCUAAUAAUCUUCCUUUUAAAUUAGAAAAGACUUAUGGAAAUUAUUACAAGUUGAUAACAAACAGUGAGCUGGACAGAGAGCAAAUCCAGAGCUACAAUGUAACACUGACAGCCAAAGACCAGGGAAGCCCACCCUUGUAUACAGAAGCUCACCUCUUGCUGAAUGUGGCAGAUGACAAUGAUAACCCUCCAGUUUUCUCCCAAUCCUCUUACUCUGCCUAUAUUCCUGAAAACAACCCCAGAGGAGCCUCCAUCUUCUCAGUGACUGCUGUGGACCUGGACAGCAAAGAGAAUGCCCAUGUCACUUACUCUCUAAUGGAGGACACUAUCCAGGGAGUGCCUCUAUCCUCCUAUGUAUCUAUUAAUUCAGAUACAGGCAUCCUGUACUCACUGCAAUCCUUUGACUAUGAACAGUUCCAAAACUUGCAACUGAGAGUGGCUGCACGUGACAGCGGGAACCCACCACUCAGCAGCAAUGUGUCGCUGAGCCUGUUUGUGCUGGACCAAAAUGACAACACCCCUGAGGUCCUGUAUCCCACCAUCCCUACAGAUGGUUCCACUGGUGUGGAGUUGGCACCCCGCUCAGCAGAGCCUGGUUAUCUAGUAACCAAGGUGGUGGCAGUGGACAGAGACUCUGGACAGAAUGCCUGGCUGUCCUACCGCCUGCUUAAGGCCAGCGAGCCAGGGCUUUUCAUGGUGGGGCUGCACACAGGCGAGGUACGCACAGCCCGGACACUGUUGGACAAAGAUGCGCUCAAGCAGAGCCUCGUGGUGUCUGUCCAGGACCAUGGCCAACCUCCCCUGUCGGCCACCAUAACGCUCACAGUGGCGGUGGCUGACAGCAUCCCAGAAGUUCUGGCCGACUUGGGGAAUCUGGAGUCUUCGGCCAAUCCUGAUGAAUCAGGCCUCACACUCUAUCUAGUUGUGGCCAUCACCGCAGUCUCCUGCAUCUUCCUCAUUUUCGUCAUCGUGCUGCUGGCACUCAGACUUCGGCACUGGCACUCCUCUCGCUUUCUCCAGGCAGCAGGCAGUGGAUUAGCAGGUUUACCCACCUCAAAUUUUGUAGGUGUGGACGGGGUGCAUGCUUUCCUGCAGACCUAUUCCCAUGAGGUCUCACUCACCAAGGACUCGAGGAAAAGCCACUUGAUCUUCCCGCAGCCCAACUACAUGGACACCCUUAUCAGCCAGGGGAGCUGUGAGAAAAGCGAGCCUCUCUCGAUAGACUCAGCUACCAUUUUGGGCAAAUAUGACCCAACAAAUAAUCAGGUGAGAUCUAUUUCUCUGCCUCCCAAUUUUUUAUAUCUUGCCACAAGUCUUUUAAGGGAAUUUUUGCUGAGCCUGUUAUGAAAACUGGGGUUUGGGUAAACAUAGUUCAUACAUAUUUAGAGUGAUGCAUGUGAGUUUGUGUACUUUACCUUUUAUCGGAUUGCCAUCAGCUUUCAGAAAGGCUUGUGAAAGUGUGAAAGUCUCAUUUAUAUUUUUAGACCUGGCAUAUUUUCCUUUGAUUAGAAAGGAUCAGUUCAACUACCAUGGCUUGCUUUGCAAUAAGGUGAAUUUUAGUAUUAUUUUUCUAUCAUCAUUGUCUGUCGCUAUCAGUGCAAACUGAUCAUGAUUCAAACUAAUGAUUUACAAACAUUUUAUUUAUUUCAAUUUCACAGUGUCUAUUUCAAUUUCUCAGUAUCUCCAUUGAUUUAUAGUUAUAUCCUACCAGCCUGUACUAUUACUUCUAAUGUUCACAUUUAACCUUGUUGAUGUAGUAGUACUCUCUCCUUGGCUCUUUCUGAUUUAUUUAUCUGUGCACACAUGAGUAUACAUAUAGGCUUUUUUCUGAGCAUGAAAUAAUUCUAUUUUACUUUUUGAAGGCUGGUAAUAUAUUUAGAUCUUGUUGACUUUCAACAUUGUCUCAUUUCUUUAUGCUAUCAAAACAGACAUAUUAACUAGGUUUUCUUGGAGAGAAAAUGCAGAAUUCUUUUUUUUUAAGUUCCAGAUAUCUUUUCUAUUACUAUAGGAAAGUCAUUAGAUUGUUCUUAAAGAAAUAAUUGAAUUGUUGGGCUGAUGUUAUUUCCUUUCAUUCUUUUACUUUAAUGUCUUUGUAGAUAGCUUUUGUUGUAGCAGAUUCACUUGUGGAAAUCAUUUUAAUCCAGGGUUUCUCAAAAAAUUGUUUUCAAAUAUGCUAAAAAUGGUUUCACUUUUCAGUUUCUUCCAGUGGAACAGGUGAGGUGAGCGAAGGUAUUAGGAUUUUAAAGAGACUGAUAUAAGUUCUAGGGGUAUGGCUCAGUGGUAGAGCAUGUGCUUCCUGGAGGUGAACUGUGGGGGGAUGGGGGACUGAGUAUUCCUCUGAAUAUUUUUUGUUCAUUUUCAGUUUACCUAGGAGUGAUGGAUUCUUCUCUCUCUUUCUUCUGUCUUUCUUUCUUUUUUCUUUCUUUUAUAAGCACAUUUUGUAUUACAUAUAAGUAUAUUGAAUUACAGUCUUUAGAAACAACUUGUUAUUGAAGUCUUGGUGGUUAUCUAAUUACAUUCAUGUUAUCUGAAGCAAGAUCUAGGAAAGCCAGGUGAGGUGGAGACAUGUAUGGGCUGUUUGAUCACAGGAUUCAUUUCCAUAAUCAGUUUAGCUCAGCACUCUCCCACUGGCUUCUAAGUCUUUGACCCAAAUUAUGUGUAUGUUGUAUGUUAAUGUUCCCUUUCAAGUUCCCUUAAGAGGUGACCUUCUUAUAAUUAACUGGAAAUUGAUUAGUUCUUGGACAAAAAAUUCCAACAGCAGGAAAGGCAAACCUUCUAACAGAUGCCUAAGUUUGUCUGGGAGUCAAGAAAAAUUAAUGAAAAGUAUAUAAUAUACUUGACUGGAAGAGGUAAGUCAUUCCAUGUUUUUAAGCACAGUCUAAACUAGUUAACAGUGGAUAACCAAUAUCUUGGAGAACAAAAAGGAAAGAUUGGCUUUGAAACUUGGUAUUAAGGUUAU